CCCGCCCCUCCAGCCCUCUUCCCAGACGUGUGCUUCUGCAGUUUCAGCUCCAGGGCUCAGACUCCAAAGGAUGCUGGUGUCUUCAGGCUUUCAUUGGUUGCCGCCAGCCGAGCCCCUCGUAACCCUGGUAACAGCGCCCGCCCACAAAUCGCCGGACUAUGAUUGGUCGUUGCCACAAAGUCCGAAAGCGAAUUUCUCAGGCCAUUGGCCCGAGUCACGGGAAGCUGGCGCCGCGGUUGGUGAGCCUAGAGGUCAGUCAGAGUCAGAGGCAGGGUCAAAUAGGGAGAAAUGGCGACCGAGCCAAGCUGUGGGCCCAUCUUUGGAUUAAGAUCUGGGGUCUGCAGCCCAGCCUCAAGCCUUGACUUAGUUGGAGCUUUAGAGAGUGGGAGCCUUCUGUUUGGCAGCCACACAGAGCAAAUAUUUUGACCUUGGCAUCGAGACAUUUCCCAUCUCCCCCAUGGCGCUGACAGUGCUGAAUGAGCUCCUGAUUGAGGACCCAAGCCCACCUCUGCUGUUCUACCAGCUUAACAAGACUGCCCAGUUAGAGACCCUCAACUAUCAGAGCUGCUUUAUGCAGAGGGUCUUUACCCAUUUUCCCGAGAUCUUAUUUAUCCACCGGACCUAUAACCCGAGGGGCGAGGUGUUAUACACCUUCCUGGUGGAUGGACCCCGGGUGCCGCUGGAGGGUCAUCUUUCCCGGGCAGUCUACUUCGCCAUUCUUGCCAAGGAGGAUGCUGAAGCCUUGGCCCAGAUGUGCCAGGUGUUCAAGAAGUUUAACCCAGCAUGGGAGAGAGUCUGUACCAUUCUGGUGGAUCCCUACUUCCUCCUGCUGCCCACCCUUGCUGUGGAGUUCCCCGCAGCUGAGGUCCUGCUCUCGGCCUUCCACAUCUGUAAGUUCCUCCAGGGCAAGUUCUGUCGACUGGCCCUCGAGCAGCCGGUGGAGAGGCUGCUCCUGACCGCCCUGCGGAGCGCCAUGUGCUCGGCCACGGCCGGGAACCUGCAGAAGCUGUACACGCUGCUGAACACCUGCAUCCCACCGGCCCAGCGGCCCGCGCUCCACUCACACUGGCUGCUCAAUGACCGCAUCUGGUUGGCCCACCGCUGGAGGAGCCGAGCCGAGAGCAGCCGCUAUUUUCAGGGCCUGGAGGUCACCACUCGCCUCCUCAGCCAGCUCUUUGGAAGCACCCCAGUGGUGGAAAAAGGCAUGAGCGCCCUGCUCCGGUACCUUCGGCAGAACUCGGGAGACAAGGUGAGUUUCAACCUGGGCCCGAGUCCCCCGAACCAUUACACCCCCUUGGAGGGCAGUCCCGAAAGCCCCAAAGUGGAGCAGUUGGUGGAAGCCCGCAUCCAGCACUCACUUAAUGCCAUCUGCACGGGGCCGGCCGCCCAGCUCUGCCUGGGCGAGCUUGCUGUGGUCCAGAAAUCCAUGCACCUCAUUGGCUCGGGUUCCGAAAAGGUGAACAUACAGAUCCUGGAGGACACCCACAGGGUGCAGCCCCAGCCCCCGGCCAGCUGCAGCUGCUACUUCAACCAGGCCUUCCGCCUGCCCUGCCGCCACAUCCUGGCCAUGCUCAGCGCCCACCGCCAGGAGCUCCAGCCCGACAUGCUGCCUGCUGAGUGGACGGCGGGCUGUGCCCCCAGUCUCGGUGACAUCCUGGGCAGCACGUGGAGCGAGACCCUGGAGAAGCGCUUGGCCAUAGCUCUCCUCACGGAGGAGGUGAGUCAGCUCCUGCAGCGUUGCAGCCAGGAGGAGUUUGAACGGCGGUACAGCACCCUGCGGGAGCUGGCCGACAGCUGGAUCGGCCCUUAUGAGCAGGUCCAACUCUGAUUACCUGUGGUGCUCAUCCUCUGUAUCACUCACAUCCCCCUCCCACACCCUCCCCCCAACACUCACACUGCUGUCCUGCCUCGGACCCUCCUUCCAGGGAAGAAGCACGAGGGUCUCCUCUUCUGCAGCCUGCUACCCACAAUGUGUCUGGAUUC